AGUAACCACCUGGGGGGAUUUCAAACAGACGGUACGUGUGCGUUAGUAUUAGCCUGGAUAUUACCCUAGCUCGUUAUAUCACGCGUGUGGAUAGCUAUCGAGAGAGUGUACGACAUGUUGUAACCAGGUGUUUGGGAAUGAUUUACCUCAUCAGUGGAAGGAGUAUUCAGACCAGCACUCCACACUGGUGAUAAGGACAUGGGACUCCUCUUGCCAGCUUCCAGCAGGUUCAGUACAAUUGACAUCCUAAUCAGCAGCACUAAGGAGGAACCUUGGUUUUGUUUAUUACCUCAUUACCACAGAAACAUCACUGUCAAAAGCUGAAGGUGGGCAUAAACGAUCGCAUUGCACUAUUGAAAGAGCAGGGAGAGUUCUCUUGGUAUACUGGCCAACGUUGUUCCCUCCUCAAACAUCACCAAAAACAGAUUAACCGGCCAUUCAUCACAUUUGCUGAUUGUGCACAGCAACACUCCACAAUGUGGAUGUCACAUUUGCUCUUUAGAAGUCCCGAGCGCAUGGGAUACUGUCACCAAUUGCACUGCCCCUCUGCGGCCAUGGUUGUCAUUGACUAAUUCAUCAGGAUCAAACCUGGGAUCAUCCUGAGUUGUAUGACUUGUCAAUUCAGGCAGAAGGUUCCAUGUUUUUGGUAGAAUGCAGAGUAAACUUGUUUAAUGAGGAUGUCUGAUACUAGUAUUAUAAAAGAAGAAGCUGAAGCAAUGAGGGCUAAAGAGAAAUCCCUUAAGCAGUCAACAUUAACAGAAAGCCUGGUAAAAUCAGAAAGCCAUGAACCAAAGGCGGUAGAAAAGGAUGAAAGCUGUAUGGAUAACAGAAUUGACUCUCAGAGACAAAUACAAAGUCUUGGACAGGCGGGGAAAAGGUCAAAGUCAAAUGCAAAGUUAAAGCUAGUAAGGAGCCUGGCUGUGUGUGAAGAGUCUUCUCCUCCGCCCACAGCUGAUGUUCCACGGGAUAAUCAGGAUAAAAUUCAGCUCCAGUUAACACAAGCAUUUGAUAAAGAAGAGCAGACCAUAAAAGAUGAAGCUGAAAAGGAAGAAUGCACAGACAAACCAGAUAAACUGCAUAAAAAAAUGUUAUCAAGAGAUUCCAGCCAAGAAUACACAGAUUCCACUGGAAUAGAUCUUCAUGAAUUUUUAGUAAAUACUUUGAAAAAUAAUCCCAGGGAUAGAAUGAUGUUGCUGAAGUUAGAACAAGAAAUUCUGGAUUUUAUCAGUAAUAACAAUAUUCAAUAUAGGAAGUUUCCUCCAAUGACCUCCUACCACAGGAUGUUGUUGCACAGAGUAGCUGCAUACUUUGGCUUGGAUCACAAUGUUGACCAAACAGGAAAAGCUGUGAUUAUAAACAAAACUAGCAACACAAGAAUACCUGAUCAGAAGUUUUGUGAACAUAUAAAAGAAGAUACAACUGAUGAUUUUCAGAAGAGGUAUAUCCUUAAACGAGAUAACUCGAGCAAUGACAAAGAUGAUAACCAAAUACGUAUCAGAUUGCGGGAUGAUAGAAGAAGCAAAUCAAUAGAGGAGAGGGAAGAGGAAUAUCAGCGGGUCAGAGAUAGGAUAUUUUCUCAAGAUUUAUCAUUCUCCCAGGACAAUUACUUUACAGAUAAAAGAAUUCAAGAAGAAGAAACUGCUACUAGCACACAACAAAGGCGACAAAUAUUUAGAGGAAAUAAGGAUGGAACGGGGAGAUCCUCCAAUAGUCGUCAGAGCAGUACUGAAAAUGAGCUAAAGUGGUCAGAGCCACGCCCUUGGAGCAGUACAGACUCGGAUAGCUCAAACCGCAACCUGAAACCAGCAAUGACAAAAGCUAGCAGCUUCAGUGGAAUUUCUGUACUGGCAAGAGGUGAUAGCUCUGGUAGCAGCAAAAGUACAGGCAGGCUUUCAAAAACAGGUUCAGAGUCUUCUAGUAGUGUAGGGUCAUCCACGGGUUCCCUCUCUCGCACCCAUCAACCUCUUCCAGUCACAGCUAUGAGCCAGACUCAUGGUGUGCCAGCCGUCUAUUCAGCUGUCAACACUAGUAAUUCUCUUUCCUUUGAUGGUGGCAUGAGUGGGCAAGUGAUUCCUACUAGCACUAGCUUCUUUUUGCUUCCCUUGGAAGCUGCAGGCAUACCACCUGGCAGUAUUCUCGUGAACCCUCAAACAGGGCAGCCAUUCAUGAAUCCAGAUGGUACGGCAGUAGUGUAUAAUCCGCCUCCAGCCCAGCAGACUGUGAGGAACCCUUUGGCUGGCCCUGCACAGCAACCACCUGUUCCACAACAGCAGCAAGUAGUAAAUCACAUCCUUUCUCAGCCAAUUCGGGCUCUGCAGUCUUCUUCACAGCCUAUCCAGUACUCUGCGGUCUCUUACCCACCUCAACUCCUGCCAGUAUCACCCACCCAGCAAUACACUGUGCAAGAAAGCCUUGGGGCCCAGUUUAGCCAGAUGAGCCUUGGCCGUCAGCCAUCUGCUGAAGCUCCAGAUACCCACACUGCCAUAUUCCCAUCAUCUGUGGUGCUUCAGCCACAACAGCAACCUGGAUUUAUCAUGGCAUCUCCAGGACAGCCACUCCCUACUUCUAGCUAUUCUGCCUCUGGUCCUUCGGUUAAUCAACAGGUGCUUCAACAACAGGGAUAUAUGCAGCAGCCUAUUCAGCAGCUGUCUAGUUGUUACUGUGCUCCAGGUCAGUAUCCCCAUUCCAAUCAGCAGUAUCGACCUGUAGCCCCUAUCCAUUACAACACUCAGCAGAACCAGCCAUUGUCACAAACUGCCCAGCAAACAGGUUUUCAAACCGUGAUGUCAAGUCAGCAGCAGAGCUAUCAGGGCUUGGUUAGUGUUCAGCCUCAAAAUCAAAAUGUUGUGAGUGGCCAACAUAACAGUAUGGGCAAUCAGAUGCAAGGCAUGAUGGUCCAGUAUCCUUCAAUGCAGUCCUAUCAGAUAUCAUUGACUCCAGGCUCCCAAGGAAUGGGUCAGCAGUCCUAUCAACAGCCAAUUCUAAUUCCAAGUCAUUCAAACCAAGGGCCUUUGCCUUCUGCAGGAAUGCCAGUCUAUUACAGUGUUAUCCCACCAACUCAACAGAAUAAUAUGAGUUCAUCAGUAGGUUAUCUGCAGCCUCCAGGAACGGACCAGAUGCAGUUUCCUCGGCCAUCUUCCCCAUGCAACUCUCAACAGCUACCAAGCCAGCAGUGUGCAGCUGUUGUGUCACCACAUGGUAGUGGAAUGCUUAUGAUGCAGCUUAGCAUACCUAACAACCCUCAUCCACGGGCUCAUUCUCCACCUCAGUGGAAGCAAAAUAAAUAUUUCACCGUCGACCAGAGAGGACACAAAUCUGCAGAAUUUAACAAUCCAGAGAUUACCACACAGAGCAGUCCACAGAUAGGUAGUCCUGCUGUAUCUCCAGCCCAAUCUCCGGCACCACAACCAAUGACGACUAUAAAAAAUGUCCGCACUGGAUUAGGACCCCUUCCAUUAUUGGCACAGUUUCCUCGACCUAUGGUCCCUGGACAAGAUGCUGCCCAUCACCAUCCUAGUUCCAGGACCUCAACAAGCAUCAUCCUAGAUUCCUUUGAGCAGGGAAGUGGCCAUGGAUAUGACUGGAGUGGCUUCACCUCACCACCAAGAGGAGAUGGGCGUUAUCCUUUGCUUGGCCAGCCUUUGCAAUACAAUGCUCCAAUCCGUCCUCUUCUACAUGGGCCGCAUAUAGUCUCAACACAACAGGGUCAGAAUUUAAGUAGGCAUGGAGGAAGAGGAAAGAAACAGACAAGGAAAGCAGCAUCAACAGACCUUGGCGCAGGAGAACCUGUUGUCAGCAGAGUGCUGGAGGUGACUGACCUGCCAGAGGGAAUUAGUCGUACAGAAGCUGAUAAACUUUUAAGUGAACUCUUUAAAGCUGGUGCCAAGAUUCGAUGGUUGCGAGACACUCAACCACAUUGUGGUGGUAGUGGCGAUAGUAACACAAAUACAGAACACUCAAAACCUUCUAGUGACUUGGCAUCCAUGUACACAAUCAUAGCGAUAUUUCCUUCAAAACCAGCUGCUCAGAAUGCAUUGUUGAAACAAAGUAACUCCAGCAAAUUCAAACUGAGAACAAGCAAGAAGCACUACGAUUUUCACAUUAUGGAAAGGGCUAGUUCUCAGUAGUAAAUGCUGCACUGGACUUGCAGUCUCUUCCACUGUUUUUCCCUCUUCGAUUGGGCUUGUAUAAUGGUUUCUGUUGACGUAUAGACUCCUGGAACGUUGGUGUUUUAUGACCUAACAAUUGAAGAAAACCAGUGAUCCAGCAAAAAAGGCGAUGAGUUUCCUAAUUUAUGUUCACCGUUGUCACAACAAAGUAUCUGAGCAUAUCACAAAGCAGCAUCUUUAUAUGGAGAAUGCUGUAGAACCACAGUACAAAUUUUAUAGCCUUUUUGUUUUAUAUUUGUGAAUCUUGUAUCCAAUCCAGAGCUCCAUUGUACAGCAACUCAUGUCGAUACCAUCAGCCAAUAAUUACUCGCCUUAACAGGUUUUUACCCAGCACAACCAGCAAAAUACGAAUUUGCCUAAAAAAUCAAAUAAACUAAUUUGGAGAAGCCCGAAGUAGUGGGAAUGAAGUGUUUCAUUAUCUUCCUUGGCUGGUCACUAGUGAUCUACAAAGAAGAAUGUGUGAAAAUAAUGCCUUUAGAUGAAGCCUGAAGAUUUUGCAGUUUGACACCUUGGAUACAAUGAGUUUGACAAUUUGUCAGCAGUCCCUAUUUUAAGUCAACUUCAGACUCAAUAAUUGGGCUCGUAAAUUUAUUUGUGUGGACAUUUUUUUUUGUUGUUUUGAAGCCCCCCCGAUUGCAAUGUUUUUGUGUUAUUUCUUAAAUGCUGGACAUUUGUUAGAAAGUUUAAGUGUUUUAAGUUCACCCAAUAUUGAGGAUCACUGGACAUCAAUAUAAUUGUUACAUUAUUGACAUACAAACCUAUGAUUUUUCGGUUGUGUGUAAAUCCUGCCAGGCUGUACAAUGUGUGCUGAUGCAAGUUUUUUUCCCCCCUUUUUCAGUUCAAGGAAAAAAAUAAAUGUUUACAAAUAUAUAAAAA